AUGGCUAUAAAUGACAUCGAAAGUGAAAGUUCCUACCGGCUAUUCAAAUGUCGUUCUGGAGUAUGUCGAGCGUCAAAAAUAAGACCAACAGACGAACAACCACUCCCUGAAUACCUUUCUGCAUAUUAUCCAGUCCGCGACUUGGGAGCGAUCUUCGAACCAUUGAUUGCAAUGAUAUCUGCAACAGUGACUACAAGAUAUACUCUUUAUCAUGAGAAAGAACGAAUGAACUCGAAUACUAAACCUAUGGGCUAUACCUUCAAUUCGGGAAGUCUUGGUUUAAUGUUGGAUCCGGCUACUAAGAUCACACGAUGGUGCUUAAAUACGAUUAUAGAUCUUGAUUUGGUGCAAGAUCUACCACUUGGUGCGAUCAAAUCACACAAGAACAGGCAAAGAGAGGUUACCUGA